GUGAGGGCUGUGUUUUCUGUUCAGUGCACCGCGCAGUCGACCAACGAUAGCAUAGGACUUGUGCUUUGCAGCCCCGCUCUGCAGUUGCAGCGAUGUUAAGAGAUGCUGCUUAAUUCAACGUCAGAUCAACUUUGAUCAAUAUUCCCCCGCCGCUCCAAUUGGAGGCGCAUGUUCAGAUCCGCUCCUCAUCACCACCAUCUUUGCCAGUGUGAAAUAGUCCUAUUUUCCUCUGGCAAAAUAUUUUACCCUCGCCCAGCUAGGUCGUUGUAACUGAAACGUUUGAAGAGAGAGGGAGGAGGAAAGAGGGGUAUUGCAGGAUUUAUAUCCAGAGCAGUGCAUCUGCCUUUUCCAGGUCGCUUUUAAGGAAUUGAAAUCAGACAGAAAAUGGGACCAAACCUUCUGCAGUCUGUCUUCCUAAUACUCAACGUGCUUUUUCGCGCAGCCUUCGGUGCUUUCCCCAGCAAUGUCCAAAUAGGGGGAUUGUUCGCAAGAAGUACAGAUCAGGAAAAUAGCGCCUUCCGAUUCGGGAUUUACCUUCACAACACGAACCCAAAUAUUUCCGAAGCUCCAUUUGCUCUUACCCCACAUGUCGAUAACCUCGAGUCUUCCAACAGUUUCUCGGUGACCAAUGCUUUCUGUUCACAGUACUCCAAAGGAGUUUAUGCCAUUUUUGGCUUCUAUGAUAAGAGAUCUGUGAACACGCUAACAUCUUUCUGCGGAGCACUGCACACUUCCUUCAUCACACCAAGCUUUCCUACAGAAGGUGAAGUUCAGUUUGUUAUUCAACUGAGGCCUCCACUACAAGGAGCACUCUUAAGUCUUCUGACACACUACAAGUGGGAAAGAUUUGUCUAUCUGUAUGACACAGACAGAGGAUAUUCCAUCCUGCAAGUAAUAAUGGAAGCUGCUGUCCAGAAUAACUGGCAAGUUACAGCAAAAUCAGUUGGCAGUAUCACUGACGUGAUGGAGUAUAGACGGAUCUUUGAGGAAAUGGACAAAAGACAAGAAAGAAGAUAUUUAAUAGACUGUGAAUUAAACAGGCUGAAUGCGAUUAUGGAUCAGGCUGUAAACGUUGGCAAAAACAUCAGAGGUUACCAUUACAUGCUGGCCACCCUGGGCUUCUCUGAUCUUGUCCUUGAUAAAUUUAUUGAGACGGGAGUCAAUGUAACUGGCUUUCAGCUUGUGAAUUACGAAGAUCCAAUGGUACAAAAAUUCAUGCAGAGGUGGACAAAGCUAGAUCAGAGAGAGUAUCCUGGAACAGCUGCUAGCACUUUGAAGUUUACUGCUGCCUUGACAUACGAUGGAAUAUUUGUCAUCGCAGAAGCUUUUCGUUAUUUACGAAAACAGCGGAUUGAUAUUUCAAGAAGAGUAACUACUGGAGACUGUUUGGCCAAUCCUGCAGUGCCUUGGAGUCAAGGAAUUGAUAUAGAACGGGCUUUGAAACAGGUACGAGGUCGAGGGCUGACUGGAAACCUACAAUUUGAUAACUAUGGACGAAGGUCAAACUACACCAUCGAUGUUUAUGAGCUGAGACCUACUGGUCCUCGGAAGAUUGGGUACUGGAAUGAAUACGAAAGACUGGUGACUGUGGCUGAACUACAGCAGGUGAAUGAAUCAUCUUCUGCUGAAAACAGAACCAUAGUAGUCACCACAAUCAUGGAAUCACCAUAUGUAAUGCUGAAGAAAAAUCAUGAACAGUUUGGUGCAAAUGAUAGAUAUGAAGGCUAUUGUGUGGAUUUAGCUUUUGAAAUAGCCAAGCAUGUUGGCAUUAAGUAUAAACUGUCUGUUGUCCCUGACGGUAAAUAUGGAGCUAGAGAUCCUGAAACUAAAAUCUGGAAUGGAAUGGUGGGGGAGCUGGUAUAUGGGAGAGCUGAUAUUGCUGUUGCACCACUCACUAUAACUUUGGUUCGAGAAGAAGUCAUUGACUUUUCCAAACCUUUCAUGAGUCUUGGUAUUUCAAUAAUGAUAAAGAAGCCCCAAAAAUCCAAACCAGGAGUGUUCUCUUUUCUGGACCCUUUGGCUUAUGAGAUUUGGAUGUGCAUAGUCUUCGCCUACAUUGGAGUCAGCGUAGUCCUUUUCCUGGUCAGCAGAUUCAGUCCUUAUGAAUGGCAUAUGGAAGAAAAUGAAGAAGGACGAGAUCCCCAAAAUACUGAGCCACCUAAUGAGUUUGGGAUAUUUAAUAGUCUCUGGUUUUCUCUGGGUGCCUUUAUGCAGCAAGGAUGCGAUAUUUCACCAAGAUCUCUCUCGGGGCGAAUUGUUGGAGGCGUCUGGUGGUUCUUCACCUUGAUUAUAAUCUCAUCAUACACUGCCAACCUUGCUGCUUUUCUCACUGUGGAGAGAAUGGUUUCCCCAAUAGAAAGUGCAGAGGAUCUUGCAAAACAAACAGAAAUUGCUUAUGGGACAUUGGAUUCAGGCUCUACCAAAGAAUUUUUCAGACGUUCAAAAAUAGCAGUGUAUGAAAAAAUGUGGUCCUACAUGAAAUCUGCCGAACCAUCUGUGUUCACCAAAACAACAGCCGAUGGAGUUGCCAAAGUUCGGAAAUCAAAGGGAAAGUUUGCCUUCUUACUAGAAUCAACGAUGAACGAAUACAUUGAGCAGAGGAAGCCAUGUGACACCAUGAAAGUAGGAGGGAACCUUGACUCGAAAGGCUAUGGAGUGGCAACCCCUAAAGGAGCAUCAUUAAGAAAUGCUGUUAACCUCGCAGUAUUAAAACUGAAUGAACAAGGCCUCUUGGACAAAUUGAAAAACAAAUGGUGGUACGACAAAGGAGAGUGCGGCAGCGGGGGAGGUGACUCCAAGGACAAGACAAGCGCCCUGAGCCUGAGCAAUGUGGCUGGAGUCUUCUACAUUUUGGUCGGAGGACUUGGUUUGGCAAUGAUGGUGGCUUUAAUAGAAUUCUGUUACAAGUCCAGAGCAGAAGCGAAGACACUGAAGCUGACCUAUGCUGAUGCCAUGCAAAACAAAGGAACACUGUCCGUAAUUGGGAGCAUUGGAGAAAAGGGCCGUGCCAUGACCCCUGACUACCUGCGGUCACUGCACGCUGUACCGGGAGUCAGACAUGGUACCAGAGUGGCUGAUGGUGCACCAGACUUUUCAUAAUAAACUGAAUACUCCUUCAGUGCCUUAUGGAACAUAAUGGAGAAUCACAACAAUGCAACUCAUCAUUCAGAAUCACAAUAAGCAUCUAGCUUGCUUGAAAAUACAGGGCAGGAGUCUAAAAAAAAAAUCGAGCUUCUCUGUGAAAUUAUAUACUGGAAUAAAAUCAAUUUAGUUCAGCAAAAAGCCAUCAUUUGAUAACACAAGUUUUUCAGAGAAAAGGUUUCAUGUAUAAAAUAUCUGAACAACAAUAUUGGGACUUAUUACUUUGAGUGCCAGUAUAGUUUGCCUCGCACCAAUUAAAAUGAGAAAUUGGCAAAGCACUCAAAGUGCAAAAGAAAUAUGCAAUAUAAAAUUAAGUCUAAAACAGUUCCUUCAAUAACUGAUUAACCAAAAUAACAGCUAUUUUAAUUAUAAUAAAGUUUCUUGCAAAGGACAAUGGCAAAAUUCUUACAUGAUAUCUUUUCUGUGAGGGGGAAAAAAAGCAUAAUUUCUUAAUACAACCCAAGCUGUUCAGUAAGGUACCUACAUAUUAAUUACCUCUGUUAAUAACACAAUAUUGGGGAUUCAGUGGGUUAAAAUCCAGUCUGUGGAGAAGAAGAUUGUCAUGAUGUCAAACAGAAUGUGAAUAAUCACAUACAAUGAUGGCCUACUUUUAUAUAAGAGCAAAUAUGUUUAACCUUUUCCUCUCUGAAUAUUCUCAAGUGUCUGAUCAUUGAGAAGAUGGGAAUCUAUAAUGACCUGAUCAGGUGAGAAGGGGUUAAUCAGAGCUCUACACACAAAGUGUCUAUAGAAAAACAAAAUGAUUUUUUUAAUGGAUUAUAUGAAUAGAAAUAAUGUAGAUUUAUCGAUUUGUGUCAGUUUUCAAGGGUGAAGACUUCACAGAGGUGAAGGAUUUGAGUUAUUUUCAGUCUUUUAAAACUUGCAUGUACAAAAGUAAUUACCUACACUUCCUGCUUUCAACUUCAAGCUAUAGAAGUUAAGCUGUAGUCACAAAGACAUUUUUGUUAAAACUGCACAUCGCCAAACACAGAAAUGUUAAUGAGCAAAAUAGCAAAUAUUUAAAGCAUAAAGAUGCAUGAGUGGACAUCAGUUACAAAGCCUCAGAAAUGAGGUAUUGUAAAAGAAAGGAGUUUUAAUACAUUUUGUAAAUAAACUGUAUAGAAAAAAGGAGUUUGCAAAUGUCUGACCAAACAGAGUACGCCUCCAAUUUGUUUUUCUUAAUAGCUUUAUGGUUGGUAAGUUUGUCAUAUUUUCAGUACAGAGAGGCCUGACACUUCUCACUAAGUGCUUUUACCCUUUCUGACAGUGUAAUCAACAGCAGUUACAUGAGCAUCCCUCCUUCAAUCCUUCUUCAAAUUGUUGUCUCCCUCCCAUAUCUCAAUACCAUCUCAAUGUGGGCGUAUGAUCCAGCUGUCAGGAUAAAAGAGCUAGCUUUAGUUAAGUAAAUGUAAAGACUGGGCCCUGUGCAUUUAUAGCCAUGUGACUCUAUAGAAAAGUACAGCCCAAUACUGUACACCUGUCUUUUAUUCAAUAGGAAAUGUAAAAGCAUCUGCACUACUUAUUACUGAUUUUUGACGUGACACAUUCAAAAGCCUUUCAACAAUGUUUACUCUUGGAUGUGAAAUGGAAGGUGAUAACUGUAAUAUUUCACUCAUUUGGGUGAAAUUUCACUGUUUGUGCUUGUCACAAAAUAUUUGCUUGGUAUUGAUUCAGAUCAUUUUUUUUUUAAAUUGAGAUUGUCAUGCAUUUUUGAUCCUUGAAUGGUAUAAACUCCAUUCCAGACAAAUUCCUAUAAUGGUCAACACCACUCACCCAAAUCCCCUCACCCCCCAACUCUGUAGAGAUUUAGCAAAGAUAAGGAAAUAAAUUAUUCCUCAGUUGUGGUAUCAAAUUAAAGCUCCCUGCUGCAGCCUGAUGAGUUGGCUAGUUACACAAUGCCUAAAAAUUAUCCUGGCAAGUUUGCAUGUAUAUGCAAUUUCAGUGACACUUGGAGACAGUCCUUCUUAGCUGGUUCAGUGCCCUAAAAGCCACAAAAUUGCUAAUAUGAAACAAAUCAAAGCAUUUCCUCUUCCUUAAAAGUGGGUAUAAUAUAGUGGUAGCUUUGAUCACAGUCUGAAAUUAAAGAUUAGAAGGUUUGAACUCAGUUCUGAGAACACUAAAUAUCUAGUUUUAUUGAUUUAUGAAAUCAUUCUAUACAAGUCAUAAAUCUUGGGCUCUGCUAUUUAUGCCUCUUACAACAAUAACACUGAUCCAAUAUUUUUUCACAAAGUCAUAAUUUCAAAGAAAUAUAAUAGACAUAGUUCUCACAACCCCAAGUAAAUGUUCAUAUACAUAUAAAAUUAUUUAAGUGAUCAAUCUGAAAGAAAUAUCUCAGAUAACUUGAGCCUAAUCUCAGGAUGAUAGCAGAGUUGCCUCUCAGUAAAAAUGUAACAAGGAAGCGUGAAAUAGUACACACUUCCUGCCUGUUCAUCACCAGGAACUGGGUUCAAAUCCACUUAAGUUCUUUGCUGAAACUCUCCAAACUACAAUCAAUAAGGGUUGAAGGUGAAAAGUGUCAGGUUAACCUUGUGGAAAUCCACAGAAUAUUCAUAAAUUAGUUCAAUAUUGUUUCAUAUUAAUGUUAUUGAAAGCAGCCCAAGGAUGGACAGUGUAACAACCAAAAGUGGCACCAAUGUCAUCCUACUGAAAAUAAGGAAUCACUGCCGAGGGAGAGCAACAUUAUUCUUUGCCCUCAUCUAACCAAUGCUGCAUACUGACCUGGGCAAGGGUAUACCCUGAAUAGGCAAUUCUUACCUCUACCCCAUCACUAACAUCCCUUAACUUCAAUAUUGAAAUUUCACAAAAUACAAUUGUAAUUUAUCAAACUUUGCAACUGAAGAAAUAUUAUACCUGACUGCAACCAUCCUUUCAUUAUUUCUAUUGGCAUCACCACCUAUAAAGUAUAAACAUGAUUGAUUGAUACAUAGGCAUACAAGGUACAAAGCUGUUAGGAGCAUCCUGUAUUCAGAGGGUGAAUAGUGAUGUGCAGUCCAGUAACUCAGUUAUAUGUAGCUAUUGGAAUUGGAAACACUGUACUUAAACAAGGUAUAAAAAAAUUAUUGUACAGAGACAUUAACUCAGCUUUGUUCCUUCACAGGGGUGUGACAGCAUCACUGCUCUGCCCAAUUUCACAGCUUAAUAGCACUGCCCCCAGGAACUUGCUUUUAGAAUGCAGGUGUUUGCUGUCACACCAGGGUCCCACUUUGAAUUAUAUCAUUUGAUAAUUUGAAGCACUCAUACAUCUUGUGAAAAUCUGUUAUGAGAACUUAACCAUGUCAUUUUUGCUAUAGUUAUUCCCAUUGAACACUAUUAAAUGGUUGUCAAAUUGCAUUUUUCUCUACAACUAUAUAUGAUAAUAGAAUAGGAUUCCAUUAAGUCUAUUUUUUAGUUAUUUGUUGCAUUUCAGAAGAUCAAAGGUUUCUGUUUCCCAUGUUGAGCCCUUCCAGAGUUGCAGCAGCCUUUGAAAAGCACAUCUAGCUUAUACAAGGAUGACAUUUUAGUUAUAUAUGAAAAAAGACAGAUUCUGUUGUUGUUGCCACCUAGUUUGGUAAAAUUCCCUUUAACUGUGUUAACUGGAUUUAUUUUCUAGGUUUGUAUAGAAACAUGUAUAAUGGCCUAAUUUUAAUGUAAUCAUAUGUUAAGGAGAAGAGAAGAUCUAAAGUGGCCCAAAUCAAUCAAUUCUAAUUUAUGAAAGAAAAAUA